CAAUGUUUUGAUCCUUCUAGCUACGCAACGUUAGCCUACAGAGGACAUCUCUCUCUGCCGUAACGUCCCUCAAACCUUCUAUCUUUAUCAGAAAUUUAUCAUAUGGUAACAACGACUAGAUUAAUUCACACACCUGACAUACCAGCUAACGUUACCUUUAGAAAACACAACGUUAUAUUAACUAAAUACGCUUUAGAUAGCAAGCUAGCAUCAGCAUCAUUAGUGUGGACUAUGGCGACAGUUGACAGCUUUCAGUUUUUGUAUAGAGAAGUUUCUCGGUCAUGCAGUCCUUACUUUGAAACCCUGGCCCUGGUCGGGGCCCUGUACACGACCAGAAGGGUGAUAAUCCUGCUGAGAGACUGCUGCGCGUUGCUCAGGGUGCACUUCCUGCCAAGGAUGAUCCCGAGCAAGAAGCUGAGCCAAAGAUUUGGUGACUGGGCUGUGGUUUAUGGUGCAGCAGAGCCUGUGGCCAGAGCCUAUGCAGAGGAGCUGGCCCGACACGGUAUCAGCAUUAUCUUUGUCACAAAGGACCAUACCUCUGUUAGAGACACCGCUGCAUCCCUCUCCCAGAGCUACGGCGUGGAGACGGUUGUCAUCCUGGCUGACUUCUCUUCGGACCCGGCAGCCAGCAAGUCCAUCGAAGAAGCCACGAGGGGGAAAGAUAUCGGCUUCCUGGUGAACUGUGUGGAGUCGUCGUCGUCUCCCCCUCGGAGCCUGAUUGACACGCCGGAGCAGGCUCUGUUGGAGUUUGUGAGUAAGAACGUUGCGGCCGCCACUCUGAUGACCCGGUUGGUGCUGCCGGGGAUGCUGGAGCGCAGCAGAGGAGCUGUGGUCAAUAUAUCAUCGGGGGCUUGCUCCAGACCCCUACCUGGAAGAGUGACCCUCACCGCGUCCACUGGCUACCUGGAUCAUUUCUCAAGAGCUCUUCAUCUUGAGUACGGUGGCAAAGGGAUCUUUGUCCAAAGUCUGAUUCCUUUCCAGAUAGCCUCAAGUGAGCAACAAGCAUCAUCAUCAUCAUCAUCCUCAUCAUCAUCAUCCUCGACACCCUUAUUGAGACAGGGAUGGUUCGUACCAAAGCCAGAGGUGUACGCCCGCCAUGCCAUCUCCACCCUGGGUGUCUCUAAUCGGACCACCGGCUACUGGCCUCACACUCUGCAGUACGGACUGAUCAGAUGUAUUCCAGAGUGGAUCUGGGUUCUGGGUUCACGGGUGCUAAUCAGUUCAAGCUAAGAGCUCACCCCUGCACCCUUCACUAAAGACUUGACCCAGAUACUGGAUCUGCUUGUUACUGGAGUCACGGAGAGUUUCUUCUGCUAUUGGUUUAAAUUUGGUAAACUCUCAGGCUCUGUUGAGGUUGGUAGUUUAGAGGUCUUCUUCUAUUGAUUUGGUAUUAAUUUCAAGGAAGGCUGCAGUGGAAUUUGCCUGAAAUAAUGAAUAAAUAUACAUAUAUUACUCCUGUAUUACUAUUGGUCUGACCAAUCUGCUGACAACCUAAACAUACAUGUCGUAAUGGUGGCCAGAUGUGAGGUUGUAAACUGAGAUUGAGUUAGUUUUGUAAUCUCCUUGAUUAGCAUUGGAGCGUUAUAACGU